UAAAUUUUUUCAAAAAUCUGUUCUCUGGUAUAAAGUAACAUUUAUUGAGACAUAAGAAUUCACAAUAUAGGCGUAAUAGUAGUCUGUGUGCUCCUAUAUUAAAAUACAUGUUUAAAAAUAAUAUAUAUAAAAAUAUCUAUGUACAUAUGCACACAUAUAUAUAUUUGGUUAUUGUGCUUGUUCCUAAAAGCAGUCCUCGAAAAGUUGAUGGACUCAGCUUCCCCUGUAAGCCCCCCACACCCAUAUACAGUAUCAUCAGAAGUCUCCCUGCAGUGCUGUUGCAUCUGUAAUUUGGUGAUCAAAGAAUGUAACUGGGGAGAGGACCAGAAAGUAUUUAAUAUUAGUCCAGCCCAGGGAUUUUUCUUUUUUUUUUUUUAGGGUUGGAUGAUAAUGGCACAGAUCAAACUCCUAGGAAGAAUUUAACGCUUUGUUUCCUUCCCUCCCUCCUAUUUUUUUCUUCCAUCCCUACUUUUACUCCUCUUAAUGCAGUUCAUUGCUAUUGCCUAUUUAAUUGAAAAUUUUCAAUGUCCUAUGUCUCAGAGACUGAUACUCCCUUAAGUAUUAUGCAUUUAAUAUGGAUUUGAAAUUCUUUUGUUUAAAAUUCUGAGGACUAAACAGGGACAUGACUGUGUCCUAGUACCUAGGGUGGGUAAAGAAUCACUGUUGAAGAGAAGGGACACGGUUGAUGAAAAACACUUCUACUCAUACAAGGCAAAAGCUUUGUAAAAUGGACUUUUAUUUAAUUAAAAUACAGAUAUUCCACAUUAUGCUGAAUGCUUACUUUGAGUUUUAAUUUUUUCAGUUCCAUUUAUCUGGACUUCAUUAAGAAGGAAUUGAUGUUAAAUGAAUUGGCAACUUGGAUGAAAUUUUUUCACUCUAGUGGGAAAAAUGUGGUCUGAGCUAAGAAGAGUUGAUGCUUAAAAUGAGAGAGUAAAACUGGCUCCUUUUAAUCUCUGGCAACUUGCAUUUGGCCCCAUUUACAUACAAAUCUUUUCACUGUAGUACGAGGAGAAAUGAGGGUCCCUGAAGAAGCUCUAAAGCAUGAGAAGUUUACUAUUCAGCUUCAGUUGUCCCAAAAAUCUUCAGAAGCAGAAUCACCAAAAUCUACGAAAUGUGCCAAAAGCACAGAUUCGAAGGUAGCAGAUACUGCAGCAGAAGUGCAGCACAAAGCUACAGAAGCACUAAAAUCUGAGGAAAAAGCUAUGGAUAUUUCUGCGAUGCCCCGUGGCACUCCGUUAUAUGGGCAGCCAUCAUGGUGGGGGGACGAUGAGGUGGAAGAACAAAGAGCUUUCAAGUCAAAUGGCAAACCUGAAGAAAAAAAUCAUGAAACUGGAACAUCAGGGUGCAGCAUAGAUGGCAAGCAAGUUGAGGAACAAUCUGCAGCUGCAACUGAAGAAGUGCUUUUUCCUUUCUGUAGGGAACCGAGUUAUUUUGAAAUCCCUACAAAAGAAUUUCAGCAACCUUCACAAAUAACAGAGAGCACUAUUCAUGAAAUCCCAACAAAAGACACACCAAGUUCCCACACAGCAGGUGCAGGGCAUGCUUCAUUUACCAUCGAAUUUGAUGACAGUACCCCAGGGAAGGUAACUAUUAGAGACCAUGUGACAAAAUUUACUUCUGAUCAGCGCCACAAGUCGAAGAAGUCUUCUCCUGGAACUCAAGACCUUCCUGGGAUUCAAACAGGAAUGAUGGCACCAGAAAACAAAGUAGCUGACUGGCUAGCACAGAACAACCCUCCUCAGAUAAUAUGGGAAAGAACAGAAGAAGAUUCCAAAAGUAUUAAAAGUGAUGUUCCAGUUUACUUGAAAAGGUUGAAAGGGAAUAAACAUGAUGAUGGUACACAAAGCGAUUCAGAAAAUGCUGGGGCUCACAGGCGCUGUAGCAAACGUGCCACUCUAGAGGAACACUUAAGGCGUCAGCAUUCAGAGCAGAAGAAGCUACAGAAGGCCCCGGCUGCUGAAAAGCAUCAAGACCACGAUGUUACUAGCUCUACGCAUCACAGAGGGGGGCGUGGUGUUCCACAUGGGAAACUGUUAAAACAGAAAUCAGAGGAGCCAUCAGCGUCAAUUCCCUUCCUACAAACUGCAUUAUUAAGAAGUUCAGGGAGUCUUGGGCACAGACCAAGCCAGGAGAUGGAUAAAAUGUUAAAAAAUCAAGCUACUUCUGCUACUUCUGAAAAGGAUAAUGAUGAUGAGCAAAGUGACAAGGGCACUUACACUAUUGAGUUAGAGAAUCCCAACAGUGAGGAGGUGGAAGCAAGAAAAAUGAUUGACAAGGUGUUUGGAGUAGAUGACAAUCAGGAUUAUAAUAGGCCUAUUAUCAAUGAAAAACAUAAAGAUCUGAUAAAAGAUUGGGCUCUCAAUUCAGCUGCAGUAGUAAUGGAAGAAAGAAAACCACUGAGUAUACCUGGAUUUCACAGCUCAGAGGAAAGCCCGUCUUCAUCUGGAAACAAACGCUGGGUUUCACAGUGGGCUAGUUUGGCUGCUAAUCAUACAAGGCAUGAUCAAGGAGAAAGGAUAAUGGAAUUGUCUAUACCUGCUCCUUUAGAGAAUGAUACAGAUACCGGUGAGUCUGGUGUUUCAGUGAGAACUACUGGACUAGCCACUUCCAUGGUUGGUCAGGUAGAGAGAAGGAGACGAACUCUGCCCCAGCUUCCAAAUGAAGAAAAGUCUGUGGAGAGCUCCCGAGCAAAGGCUAUAACGCCAAGGUCAGAGAUAGGAGAAAAACAAGACACAGAACUUCAGGAGAAAGAAGCACCUGCACAGGUGUAUCAAAAAGAUAAACAAGAUGUGGACAGAGCCCUGAAUAAAAUGAGCAGGGCAGUAAAUGGUGAGACCCUUAAAACUGCUGGAGAGAAUAAAGCCCUGCUUCACUUAGGCAGCUCUUCUUCCGGAAGGGAGAAAAGUGAAACUGUUAAGGAAGAUUCUUUGGUGAAGCAAACAUUAGCUAAAAUUCAGCAACAAGAACAAAAGGAGCAAGCACAAUGGACCCCUACUAAGUUGUCUUCAAAGACUGUUUCAGGCCAGAUAGAUAGAUGUAGGGAGGAGUCUUUUAAGCAAGAGUCACAACCUCAAGAAAAAAUUCCAGGACAUUAUACAAGCAAAGGAGAAAGGCUGAUACAAAACGAGGGCAAGCGAAGGAAAGCCGAGGAAAUUCUGAAAUGUCAGACUUCAAAGGGGGUUGACAAGAAGGAGUCCUCCAAGCCACUAGUGCGGCAAGGAAGCUUCACUAUAGAAAAGCCUAGCCCAAACAUACCUAUAGAGCUCAUUCCCCAUAUCAACAAACAGACUUCCUCUGUGCCCCCUUCUUUGGCACUGACAGCUACCAGUAGAAUACGAGACAGAAGUGACUCUGUGGAGACCGAUUCUAGUAUGGACACAACUCUCAUUCUAAAAGACACAGAAGCAGUAAUGGCUUUUCUAGAAGCUAAACUGCGUGAAGAUAAUAAAACUGAUGAAGGCCCAGACACUCCCAGUUACAACAGAGACAACUCUAUUUCCCCAGAAUCUGAUGUCGACACAGCGAGUACAGUCAGUCUGGUCACUGGAGAGACUGAAAGAAAGUCAACCCAGAAGCGGAAGAGUUUCACCAGUCUCUAUAAAGAUAGGUGUUCCUCAGGUUCUCCUUCCAAAGAUGUUACAAAGUCGUCAUCUUCUGGUCCUAGGGAGAAAAUUGAAAAGAAAACAAAAAGUCGUUCUGCAGAUACAGGUUCGAGAGCAGAUGGUCGUAAAUUUGUACAGUCCAGUGGAAGAAUAAGACAGCCUUCAGUAGAUGUAACAGAUGAUGACCAGACCUCGAGUGUACCUCUCUCUGCCAUCUCUGAUAUAAUGUCAUCUGACCAGGAAACUUACUCUUGUAAAUCUCAUGGAAGGACUCCACUUACCUCUACUGAUGAGCAUGCACAUUCCAAACUGGAAGGAAGUAAAGUAAUGAAAUCUAAGACUUCUCCUGUAGCACCAGGUUCAUCCAGUAAAUCGACCACUCUCCCAAGGCCACGACCUACCAGGACUUCCCUCCUCCGCAGAGCACGACUCGGGGAAGCUUCAGACAGUGAACUAGCAGAUGCAGACAAAGCAUCGGUUGCUUCUGAAGUGUCCACAACAAGCUCAACAUCAAAACCCCCCACCGGAAGGCGCAGCAUCUCUAGGAUUGACCUCCUGGCUCAGCCUCGGAGAACAAGGCUUGGCUCGCUGUCAGCUCGCAGUGACUCGGAAGCAACAAUCUCCAGAAGUAGUGCCUCUUCACGGACUGCAGAAGCCAUCAUUAGAAGUGGAGCCAGAUUAGUACCUACAGAUAAAUUUUCUCCUAGAAUUAGAGCCAACAGUAUCUCUCGGCUAUCAGACUCCAAGGUCAAAAGUAUGACCUCAACACACGGCUCUCCGUCAGUAAAUUCAAGAUGGAGGCGCUUUCCUACUGAUUAUGCUUCCACCUCAGAAGAUGAAUUUGGAUCAAACCGUAAUUCCCCUAAACAUACUCGUCUACGUACUUCUCCAGCCCUGAAAACAACUCGGCUGCAGAGCUCUGGGUCAGCAAUGCCUACUAGUUCUUCAUUCAAGCACCGGAUAAAAGAACAGGAAGACUAUAUCCGAGAUUGGACUGCUCAUCGAGAAGAGAUAGCCAGGAUCAGCCAAGAUCUUGCUCUCAUUGCUCGGGAAAUCAACGAUGUAGCAGGAGAGAUAGAUUCAGUGACUUCGUCAGGCACUGCCCCUAGUACCACAGUAAGCACUGCCGCCACCACCCCUGGUUCUGCCAUAGACACUAGAGAAGAGGUAGGAGAUCUUCAUGGAGAAAUGCAUAAGUUGGUUGAUCGUGUUUUUGAUGAAAGCCUCAACUUCCGAAAGAUCCCUCCAUUAAUUCAUUCUAAAACACCAGAAGGAAACAACUGUCAGUCCAGUGAUCCAAGACCUCAACCAGCAGAGCCACCUGACCACUUAACAAUUACGAGGCGGAGAACCUGGAGUAGGGAUGAGGUCAUGGGAGAUAAUCUGCUGCUGUCGUCUGUCUUUCAGUUCUCUAAGAAGAUAAGACAGUCAAUAGAUAAAACGGCAGGAAAGAUCAGAAUCUUGUUUAAAGACAAAGAUCGGAAUUGGGAUGAAAUAGAAAGCCAGUUAAGAGCUGAAAGUGAAGUCCCUAUUGUGAAAACCUCAAGCAUGGAGAUUUCUUCUAUCUUACAGGAGCUGAAAAGAGUAGAAAAACAGCUUCAAGCCAUCAAUACUAUGAUUGACCCGGAUGGAACUUUGGAGGCCCUGAACAACAUGGGAUUUCCCAGUGCUAUCUUGCCAUCUCCACCAAAACAGAAGUCCAGUCCUGUGAAAAACCACAGCAGCCCGGGUCAGACACCGACACUUUGCCAACCAGGAGCUAGGGUUCUUCAUCCUGCUGCUCUCUCAGUCUCAGCUGAGUUUGAGAAUGCCGAAUCUGAGGCUGAUUUCAGUAUACAUUUCAAUAGGUUCAACCCUGAUGGGGAAGAGGAGGAUGUUACCGUACAUGAAUGACUUUCUCUUCAUAAAAAUAAGUUACCUGUGUAAUGACUAGGGAUAGUGAAAACAGCAUAGUGUUGACAUCAAACAAGACAGCUUGGUCAACUGCAAUCUUGUUCUCUCUUCUUAAUUGUAUUAUUUAUUUUCUAUUGAUAAUGUGGUGUCAUAUUAACCCCUUUAAGCCACUUAACCAACCACUUGAUGCACAGAUAGGAGAAAGCAGAUUGUGGCCGUCUCACCUUUUGUGGCUUUAUGAUUUUCAAAUGGAAUUGUACAAUUGCAUCCUUUCCCUUCAUAGAUCUUUGUUUUUUUCUUUAAGCCAUGCUGUGACCUACAAGCAAACUACAUACCCAGCAUUUCUGACUCCAUGUCUGCUGUGCCAAGCUGCUUCCUGAAAUGGACUUCCUCUUCAUCUGUACAGAUUUGUUAAACACAUAUUUGCUUCUUAAUAAUAGGAUUUGUAUCAACAUCACUACUAUUGGAUAUAACAACAUAUCACUCUCCAUAGUCAAACUGACCUUUCAAAACAGUUGUUCUUAUGUUUUCAAAUUUUCCAACAUCUAUGUGAUUUAUAUGACUUUGUUGCUACGUAACUUAUCUUGGGGUUUACAGAGAUGAACUAUUAUGUUUGCACUAAAAUUUGCUGGGAGUGGUAGAUGAACAGAACUAUAUAUCAGUAAGGACUACCUGUCUUUUUUUGUAUGUAGGAGAUUGAUAAUACUCUGUUUUAAUCCCACAGUGUUCUACUCCACUUUGGAAAAGAUCAAUUUGGCACUUUUUUCAAUUUCUUUUUUUUUUUUACUGAAAGUAAGACGGUCUCAUUUUUAGGGCAAAUGAUAACUAGAAAGAUUAAACUAGAGAGAUAGUUUAGGUGGAGUAUAUUUUUAAAACUAAGAACAUGUAUAUUGGUCCUGUGUUACCAAGUUUAUAUGUGCAAGUUGAAAAAAAUUUCCCUUGAAAUGAUCAUGAAGUUAAAAUUGUCUUCAUUAGGUGUCUUGGAGAACCAGUAGUUGUAAGAUUAGUUGCUAGUUUCACUCCCGAGCAAUAACUUGCUUCUGUGUUUCCCUGUAGGACCCAAUAGUAAAUCCUGUCUCAGUCUGACACACUUAUAAGGACCCUGCAAGAUGGCAACUAAACAGAAAGCCUAUGAAGAAUACCUUCUGUAAACUUGUUUCUUCUCUUUCUUUUAAGUUCACAUUUGGAUAAGUUUAAAAAGAAAGUAAUUAUCUUUGUGUUUCCAGAACACUAUAAUUUGAGUGAAUCUUAAUUCAGUUGAAUGUUGUUAGUAGACUUGGAGUUUUCCCUUUACCCCAUCAGUCUGUAAUAGUUAAAAUUACAACUUUUGCAACUUUUAUGAAAUGGUCUUUAAUAGUUCAGCAAUAAUCCUGUGCUACAGUUCUUUUAAGAGACUCUAUGUACUUCAAAACUGUACAGGAAUUUUUAAAAUCCUGUACUGUUGGCCAG